AUGGCAUUGGUGAGUUGGAAUGCCGCCAUCUCGGCAUGCAGGCGCCGCGCAGAUUGGGAAGCUGCACUUGCCCUGCUCCGAGCUGUGCGGCAGCCAGACAUUGUAAGUUUCACAGCAGCGGCCAGCGCCUGCGAGGCUGCACGACAGUGGCAGCACGCCGUGGCCCUCCUGAGCCGGCCCAAGCUGGACGCGGCAGCCUGCAGUGCCUUGGUGAGUUGCUGGGGCCGAGCAGGCAAGUGGCACCAUGCGUUGGAAGCUUUGCGGCCCGGAGGCUUUGCUGUCCGGUGGCGCUUUCACCUCGUGGUGCGCGGCGCGGCGAUCGCCGCGGUGGCGCGGGCACGGCGCUGGCGCGAGGCCUUGCUGCUGCUCCAGGAGGCGGCCGAUGCACGGCAUGAGCAAGACGAGGUAGGCUACGCGGCUGCGAUGCACGGCUGCACCUCCAGGUGGCAGGUCGCACUGCAGCUGCUGGCUGAGAUGCCUCAGCGGCGGCUUCAGUGGAACCAGGUGGUGCUCAACACCGCGAUCAGCGCGUGCGAGGCAGGGCACCGUUGGCAGCUGGCUGUGGCGCUUUUCAGCCGUGUACGUCCCAGAGCCGACAGCCUCAAUGCGGCCAUGGCGGCUUGCGAGAGGGGCCACCAAUGGCAACAAGCGCUGGCACUUCUUGAGACUUCAUGGGCCAGGGUGAGCCCAUCCAGCUUGACCAUGGUGGUGAUCCUGGCAGCGUGCGCCACUGGAAGCCUUUGGCAGGCGGCGCUGUCCUGGGUGUUCCGAGCCUGGAAAGAUCACAGCUGUCCUGAUACAGACACAACAUGCUUGAACGCAGCUCUGAGUGCCUGUGCGCGAGCUGCACGCUGGGAGCAGGCCUCGGCCCUGCUGUCGUGUCCGGUGAGGAAGGACUUUGUCAGCUAUGCCACUGCGCUCGAGGCCUUCAAGACACGCGGAUCGCGAACGUUGCAACUGCUCCAAGAUGCGUCUGCCAACCGCGUGGACCUCAAUGCAAGAGCCGAAGGUCUGGCGGAAUAUCGAAAGCAUCGCCGUGUCACGGCGAGUGAGGCAGAGCCGGACCUGGCUGCCACACGGGAAGCUGCUCAGCUGAGUCAUCUUGCCUUCCGAGCGGCGCAAGGACGAUGA